AUGGCCGUGUCCACCCUGUCCGUCUGCUCCAGCGACCUGAGCUAUGGCAGCCGCGCCUGUCUGCCCGCUUCCUCUGACUCCGGUACUGUCUCCUCCUGGGAGGUGGACGACUGUCCAGAGAGCUGCUGCCAGCCCUCAGGCUGUGCCCCCAGCUGCUGCCAGCCCACCUACUGUGCCCCCAGCUGCUGCCAGCCCACCUGCUGUGUCCCCAGCUGCUGCCAGCCCUCCUGCUGUGUCCCCAGCUGCUGCCAGCCCUCCUGCUGUGUCCCCAGCUGCUGCCAGCCCACCUGCUGUGCCCCCAGCUGCUGCCAGCCCACCUGCUGUGUCCCCAGCUGCUGCCAGCCCUCCUGCUGUGUCCCCAGCUGCUGCCAGCCCACCUGCUGUGCCCCCAGCUGCUGCCAGCCCACCUGCUGUGCCCCCAGCUGCUGCCAGUCCACCUGCUGUGUCCCCAGCUGCUGUGCCCCAGCCCCCUGCCUGACCCUCAUGUACACUCCAGUGAGUUGCAUGUCCAGCCCCUGCCAGUCAGCCUGCAGCAGCUCCUGCACACCCUCGUGCUGCCAGCCCUCCUGCUGCACCUCCGCCCCCUGCCAGCAGCCCUGCUGUGUGCCUGUCUGCUGCAAGCCCGUGUGCUGUGUGCCCGCCUGCUCUGGGCCUGCCCCCUGCCCCUCAUCCUGCUGCAGACCCUCCUCCUGCAUGUCCGUCAUCUGCCGCCCCGUGUGCAGGCCUGCCUGCUGCGUGCCCGUCUCCUCCUGCUGUGCCCCCUCCUCCUGCCGGCCCACCUGCUGCCGCCCGGCCUCCUGUGUGUGCCUGGUCUCCCGCCCCGUGUGCUCCCGCCCAGUCUGCUGA